AUGUCUAAGGUUCUGUCAAUUGUUUGUGUCUUGCUCGCUAUGUCAUUCGUCCAUGCACGUGCCCGUCAAGUACCGGGUGAGUUUGAUGAGGGGAAGACGACGCCACACGAGGAUACAAAAACAACGUCCAUGCAUGCGCGAGAUCAGCCAACACCGACCAGUCUCGGUGACAAAAAAUGCAUUGGACUCAUAGGCGGCUUUGGUAAAUACGGUGGCAUAGGCGGUGCAGCUGGAAUCGGUGGUUUUCAUGGUCUAGGCGGCAUUGGUAAAUACGGUGGCAUAGGCGGUGCAGCUGGGAUCGGUGGCUUUCAUGGUAUAGGCGGCGUUGGUAAAUACGGUGGCAUAGGCGGUGCUGCUGGGAUCGGUGGCUUUCAUGGUAUAGGCGGCGUUGGUAAAUACGGUGGCAUAGGCGGUGCUGCUGGAAUCGGUGGCUUUCAUGGCCUAGGCGGUGUUGGCGGCCUUGGUGGAGCUGGAGGUGGUGGUGGUGGCGGUAUUGGUAAAGUAGGUGGUAUUGGUGGUAUAGGUGGAGCCGGAGGUGGUUUAGGCGGUGUAGGCGGAGGAGUUGGUGGUGGUAUUGGUAAGGCAGGUGGUAUUGGAGGUGGACACGGUGUGGUCGGUGGCGUUGGUGGUGGGAUCGUUCCACAUCCUUGA